AACAGUCAACAAAAGGUCGGCAGAACUGAAGGGUCGCCAGCGAGUGAACACAUUUACUACCAUUUUCUUCUCGUGAACCUACUCUUUGUCGCAAUAUGAGGAUGAGUAGCGAGAAGAGAACCAUUUGGAUAAUUGUCAAAGAUGGAGAAGUCAUGUCUGAUCUAAAGCGAUUCCAGUUCAACUGUGUCGAUGGAGUAGAGGAGGAGGACAAGGUCUAUGAAAAAACCAAGUUCUUAGAGGAUCUUGCAGAGCAACUUGGUUUGUCAGGAUUUGAAAAGACCAGUGUCUUAAAGCUAAGGAAUGGCAGAGGUUCUCUCAUACCACUAAGUAGAAGAACUCCUGAAAAUACAGUUACAAGCCCUUACAUUCUUGAAGUUUGUAGAAGAUAUUCAUCAGUAAAACCCAGUCCUAGAAGAAUUGAUGUGCCCAGUUACAAUGAAACAUACCAGAGAAAGUUAACAAUAUUUACCAAGAGGAUUAGCAGGCUGGAGGAAACUCUUCCUCAACUGUCACUGUUACGAGAUGCUAAACUUAGCGCGGAAGUGAAAACUUUGGAACAGAGAUUAAUGUUUUUGAAUUCAAAACUCCAGGAAGCUGAUUCUCGGCAAUGGAAAGGAAUGUUUACUAAACAUCCUUUGUGGUGACCAGCAAACUCCACACAGGUCCAUUAGACUUAGUAUGAUUGAGGCGACUAAGUUAAAGAGUUGUACAAAACUUCUAUAAACGUGUUUUGCCUAGAUGGCGGGCAUCAUUUAUUGCCUUGUUGAAGUGGAGCAAACUGUACUAAGGUCAAAAUUUACAGUGUGUGGAAAAGACACAUUACAGUGGUAGUCAUUUUUUUUAAUUAUUAUUUCCCUGCUUUGUAAAUGUGGAGGGAAAGCGAACGCGCAGUUUAGAUCGCUAGCUGUCUCAUGUUGGAACUCCGAAAAAUUUCGAAAGUUAUAUAGCCAAGUAUAGUUUAAUGAAAUGGUUAUACAAAUGCUUAUGGUUAUGCAAAGAAUAAGUAGAUUUUACACCGUUGAAAUCCGAAUUGCAAUUUCCUUCAGGUCAGAUUGCAUUCUAUAUAUUCACAUCAAUUCGUUUUCGGGAAUGAAAGCAGCAACAACAUGCGUGACCCUGAAGUUGCAUAGUUGCUGUUAGAGAUACGUUGAACAUGAUAUCUGUAAGGAACUGUACAGUUUGCAUUAAAAUUACUGUAAUUCUUUACUC